AUGACUGAUACACGAUCUUUUUCAUCAUCAUCAUCAUCUUCAGCAACAACAAAUAAUGUUAAUAAUAAUAAUAAUACAAUAAAUUCAACAACAUCUGUAAAUCCUGAUCAUGAUAAUAUCAAUAAUUUAACAACAUAUGUAAAUACAAUAUUUCGUCAAAUGGAAGAAAAAUUUAUGACUGCUAGUGAACAAGUUAUGAAUCGUAUGAAUGAAUUAGGUCGAAGAAUUGAUACACUUGAAACAAAUAUUGGUGAUAUUAUUUCACAUUUACCAAUGGAAGAAUCAAAUUCAACAACACAACAACAACAACAAACAAAAUCAUAA